GGCCGCUCGGAGACGGAGCGCGGCCGCGACAGCACCCCACCAUGCCGAGGUCCUUCCUGGUGAAGAGCAAGAAGGCGCACAGCUACCACCAGCCCCGCUCCGCCGACGAGGACUACAGCCUGCGGCUGGAGACGGUGCUGGCCCAGAUCUGCGCAGACAGCAAGAUCCCCGAGGGCACCGGGCUGUGCCGCACCGUCCUGCCCGACCCGGAGCCGUCCCAGCGCCGCUUCUCCCCGGAGUCCCACCUUACCGAGGCCGCCGAUGGCACCUCCGAGUCAGCGCCCAGCUGCGAGGGCAGCGUCUGCGACAGGGUGUCAGAGUUCGAGGACUUCUGGAGGCUGCCCUCGCCCUCUGUCUCGCCAGCCUCGGAGCAAUCUGUGUGUCCAUCCCUGGAUGAAGCACCCCCCUUCUCAAUGCCCUUCAAACCGUAUGCGUGGAGCAGCCUGGGGGGCUCCGAGCUGAGGCACCUUGUGCAAAGCUACAGGCCCUGCCCGACACUGGAGCGAACCUCAGCCUUGGGGCUCUUCUGUGAGCGCAGCUCUGAGCCUGCCCUCUAUGGUGCGGAGUGUAGCUCUUCCCUCGGACUUUACGGUGACUUCGGCUCCCCAGGCCCAGGGCUGUUUGAGCGGCCUCCAGCAGCAGCACCUGGACUCUAUGCCGAGACGCAGCCUGGGCUGCAGCAGGAGAAGGGGCCUGGCGGCAUCAAAGUGGAGUCAGACCUCUUGUGCCGCCCAUUGCUCAUCAGCACUGGCUCUUACAAGUGUGUCAAGUGCAGCAAGGUCUUCUCCACGCCGCAUGGCCUUGAGGUACAUGUGCGCCGCUCACACAGUGGCACAAGGCCCUUUGCCUGUGACAUGUGUGGCAAGACCUUCGGCCAUGCAGUCAGCCUGGAGCAGCACAAGGCCGUGCACUCGCAGGAACGCAGCUUUGAUUGUAAGAUCUGUGGCAAGAGUUUUAAGAGAUCUUCUACUCUGUCCACCCACCUGCUCAUCCACUCAGACACACGGCCCUAUCCCUGCCAGUAUUGCGGGAAGAGGUUCCACCAGAAAUCUGAUAUGAAGAAACACACCUUCAUUCACACAGGUGAGAAACCUCACAAGUGUCAGGUGUGUGGAAAAGCCUUUAGUCAGAGCUCCAACCUCAUCACCCACAGUCGAAAGCACACAGGCUUCAAGCCCUUUGGCUGUGAUCUGUGUGGCAAAGGCUUCCAAAGAAAGGUGGAUUUACGGAGACACCGGGAGACACAGCAUGGCCUGAAAUGAGCCCUGCAAUAAUGGAAAGCACCUACAACACUAUGAGAACAGACUCCUUCGGAUUCCCCGCUGGACCUGAGCCUUGUCUGUAGCACAAACCCUGGCAUUACCUUUCUGACCAGGAGCUUGGAGAUGAAAGAAGACAGGGACAUGGCACUGGCAGCUCAACCUGCAUGACUGAGAGUGGAAAUCAAAGGCUGAGGUUUCUCUCUCUUCCCCUCUCUUUUUCUGAAAUAACACUGGAAAAUAAGCCUUUAGAUAGGAAGCCUGAUUCUCCAAAGACGGAUAAGCUACCAAAUAUCUGUAAGCUGGAAAGUAUUUCUCCCAUGGCCAAGAUGAAAACCCUGAUGUUUUCAAUAGCUUGAAUUACCAUGCAGGGAAACAUGGGUAUAACAGUGUUUACAUGGUAAUCACAGAGCAGUCAGUAAAUGGCAUAGGGAGUGCUUGCCUUCAUUGAGUUUCAGUGCUGAAUAGCUUCACUCUUGGUUUCCUGUCAGGAAAGCCUGGAGGAUCUGAACUGAAGUGUGCAGUUUGACAUCUGGUUGUUUUUUAAGCUAAGGCACUAGCUUGGGCCUGAUCCUGCUCUUAGUUAUUCUGGUGUAAAUCAGAAGUUGCGCUGACAGUUAGGAGGAGGCCCUUUUUAUUCCUCCCAAAGCUGUCUCUGUGCCUAAGCAAGGCCUGGCUGUGUGAGUGUGUGUUUUGAGGUAUGGGGGUUACGUCUUGCUACAUCCACUGGGGAAAAGGAAGUUUGUGAAAGACAACUGGAAAAGCCAAAGCACAGAGUUAUGCCUUAUAACUGGAAACCCACCCAGCAACUGAUCCUGAUUAA